AUGUCCGAGGCCAAGAAGUCGCCCAUCAACCCGGUCUGGGCCGCCAUCAAGCCCUUCGUGAACGGUGGCCUGUCCGGCAUGGGUGCCACCUGCAUCAUCCAGCCCGUGGACAUGGUGAAGGUGCGGCUGCAGCUGGGCGACAAGGGCUCCCCCCUGACCAUUGCCAAGAACCUGGCCAGGUCCCAGGGCGUAGGCGCGCUGUACCGCGGCCUGUCGGCGGGCCUGGUGCGCCAGGCCACCUACACCACCGCCCGCCUGGGCCUGUACAACUACAUCUUCGAGGCGGCCAAGGGGCUGAAUGAGGGCCGGCCGCUGCCGCUGUGGCAGAAGGCGGUGUGCGGGCUGUCCGCCGGCGGCCUGGGCGCGCUGGUCGGCUCCCCCGCCGACCUCACGCUCAUCCGCAUGCAGGCCGACACCACGCUGCCCGCGGAGCAGCGCCGCAACUACAAGGGCGUGGGCGACGCCUUCCUGCGCAUCGCGCGCGAGGAGGGCGCGUCGGGGCUGUUCACCGGAGCGGGGCCCACUGUGGUGCGCGCCAUGGCGCUCAACAUGGGCAUGCUCGCCUCCAACGACCAGGCCAAGGAGCUGCUGGAGGAGUGGGGCUUUGCCAAGGGCGGCAGCGUGGUGACCCUGGGCGGGGCCACCAUCGCCGGCUUCUUCGCCUCCGCCUGCUCCCUGCCCUUUGACUAUGUCAAGACCCAGCUGCAGAAGCAGAAGCCCGACGCCAACGGGAAGCUGCCCUACUCCGGGGCUGCGGACUGUGCGCUCAAGACGCUCAAGGAGGGCGGCGUGCUCAAGUUCUACACCGGCUUCCCCACCUACUUCAUCCGGAUCGCUCCCCACGUCGUCCUCACCCUGUCCUUCCUCUCCGCCCUCCCCAAGCUCCAGGCCAAGUACGGCCUCUGA